UCCCAGACUCCCAGUCACGCUCACCCAUAACCCUAGCAAGUCCCAUACGCAGUCACGCUGGUGAGCAUCCACCAGAUCGGCCACCACCACCAUCGGCCAGCUCACAGAUCACCAUCGCCGCCGUCACGGUUCCACCACCGCCACGCCUCCACACGACAUCCGUUUUCACCACCCAGUCUUCACUUUCCUCUUCCUCUAUUUCAGUUUGAGUAUUGGAUCCUUUUAAGCGGUAUUUAAAAGCUCGUGCUUGGUCGAACCCGGUUCGACCAUUUAAAAAAAACCACGGAAAGGAUGCGUUUUAGAAGACUGACAGAUUAGGUCUCCUCACGGCUUAAAAUCUUGUCUCUCUCUGCUUACGUGACGUCGCAACCGCUUCAUCGCCGUCGCAACUGGUUCACUUCGCCUGCACGAGCUCGCUACCUCGCCCAGUCCGCUCCGAGCCCACCGUGCCUGCAGGAGGAGAGCAACAACGACGUCUUUGUCUCUGGCCACAACGUCUCCUUCUUAGUCCUGGUGAUCGUCUUUAUGGUUGUUAUCAGUAUACUACAGGAUAAUUCUUGUAUGGUUUUCCAGCUUUAGCUAGUAUAGUCAACCUCAUUAAUUACCUCAUGGAUGCUUUUGAUGAUAUUCUAUCCGGAGCUCCUGCUCCACGUGCUCGUCGAGGUAGCAAGUUUAUGCCAAAGGCCAAACUGAAACAGCUUCCUCAAAAGGAAAUAUCUGCAUCAGAACACGCGACCUCAUCUAAAGAUGGAGAGAACGUGCCUGUUGCUUCAUCAGCCACAAGCACAAAAUCAGGAGGAAUUUUGAAUGAAUGUCAUGAUGCUGUUGCUUCAACUUUAAGUACAUCAGCUGAAGAUUCUAUCAGGUCCAAUCAUCGACCACAGGAAGAACUUUCAAAUUUGGAGGAUGCCACAAAAUCAGCAUCUGAAGGCCUUGAGGCGGGUUUAGUCACUAACUCUAUUCCUGAGACCAAUCUCAAUAAUGGGGCAAAACAACCAAUCCACCCUGCUAAUGCUGUAGAAAAUGAAAAUACUGUGGCUGCUCAAUCUACAACUAACUCAUCCAUCAGUAGGAUGGAAGAACCACCUAAAAGUGGGGAAGGUUCAAUUCCUGAUAGCAACAAAAAUUUGGAACAUAUUGAUAAUUCAGUGCCAGUUAUCCCAGAUGCAAACUUCAAGAGUGCUUUGGAGAAUAAUGCUGUAACAUUUGAGAGCAAUAUUCAUUCAAAUUUGAACUCUGGAAGAGAACAAGAGGCAGUGUCUGGGGAAUCGGAAUGGAAUCCUUUCAGCGACGCCCUCCCUGAUCCUGGCACUAGGAAUGCUCGUAAGUUUCAACCCAAGAUUAAGCCACGACCUAGAGUAAGCAUUGCACCGGCUAUCGCUUCUGCAUCAUCUAGUGAUAUGAUGGAAAAGUCUACUCAGUUGCAUGUUUCUUGCACAAAUGAAGUUCAAUCUUUUCAGUUUAGUGGUGAUGGCAUUGGUGGGCAAAAUACAUUCUCUGAAGACAAAAGAAACCUGGCAUCAGUUACUCCUUCCCAACCAGAUUCCCUGAAUGCUAUGCCUUCGGAGGUUACAGCUCAUGAUGGAACUAGAGAUUCGGCUUCUAGUUUUGGAAAACCAGCUCCUGAUAAUCUUACCACCCAAGAUCCAUUAACCUUAAAUGAAGCUGCAGUCUUCGAGGAGGAUGAUACUCACACUAACAUUAGAAGGUUGGAAACAGAGGAAGUUGUGGACUUGAAUACUGCCUGCUCAAAUGGUGGCGUCUUUGAUUAUCAAUCAAUAGAUUCUGCCACAGAUCCAACUUCUGAAAUUCCAGUGAAUGAAGAAUUGACAAAUGCUGCAGAUUGUCCCACGUUGGCUGAUGUUUUGCAUAAAUAUGUUACUGUAGAAAAAGAAGUUGCCAAUGGAAGAAAGAAGGAUAGUUCCCUGAGGAAGCGCAGAAGAUCUACUGCUGGCGAGGAGGACAAAGGGGGUAAAACCGCAAGGCAGCUGAGAAAAAGUGCAGCUCGAGAACCUGCUAACAGCUCAUUGAAUAAGGAUGUUGAUGAUGAUGGUGACAUUGACCCUCUGUAUAAUUAUAAUAUAGAUGAACUAGAAGAAAAUGAUGAUGAAGACGAACUAGAUUAUUCAUCCAAGAAGAAAACAACAUCAACCAGUUCAAAGAAGAAAUCUGUGGCUAAAAAUGAAAAAACGUCUCAAAAGCGUAAGAAGUCUAAUGAUGAUUUAGAAAAUACUACUAAAAAAUCUCUGAAAAAGUUCUCUCAUUCCACCCUACGAAGAAAACGAUGUGAGGAUCUGCUGAAAACUCCUGAAGAUGAAUGGGAUCCUCGAAAUAUGCCUAUAAAGGAUAUUAUUAUACUUGCAGAAUAUAAGGAGCGGUUGGCGAAAAAGGACCCAACAACUUCAAAAACAUCUUCCACCAAUCAAAGUGGUGGAGAUCCUUUUUAUGAAGCCGGUGCCAAUUACGAAGAGGGGUUCUUUGGCUCAGAAAACCCAAAUGAUAAUCAAGACACUGAAAAUGUUACAGACACUACCGCUUUAAUUAAUUACCAGUCCUUCAUGGACAAGGCACCUAGGGGAAAAUGGUCAAAACAAGACACUGAACUGUUUUAUGAGGCUGUUAGGGAGUUUGGCACAGAUUUUUCUAUGAUUCAACAGCUUUUCCCUGAUCGAACACGUCAUCAAAUUAAGUUGAAGUACAAGAAGGAAGAGCGGCAGCAUCCUUUACAGUUAUCCGAUGCUGUGAAUAGUCGUUCAAAAGAUCUGUCUCAUUUUAAAAAGGUGAUUGAGCGGUUGCAACAAGCUUCUGACAAGGCUGAACAAGACGCCAAUGAAGAUGUUGAGGACCUAACACCUGAAACUAAUGAGGAGGUUGCAACAACUGAGAAGGACACUGACGAUGUUGAAACAACUAAGCAGGACACCAAUGUUAAAGAUCAGGAAGAUUCUGCAGCAAUUCAUGAUCCAGAGCAACCUGAUAAUGAUGAUGAUGAUGAGGAUUACUCUCAAAUAUGGUCUUAUACAAGUGAAUUUUGAUGAUUACUAGUAGUAUUAUGGUCCCAUUGUGUUUUAAUUUUUUUAAUGUGAAAUGUGAUUAUUGUUGUAACGGGAAAUUCUUUUAAUUACUGAUAUUCACGAGAUCACUUCUUUUGAUUUUUAUAAUCAAGGUCCUGGGCAUUUAUUUCCUA